AUGUCAUUUGAUCGUAAUUGGAUAUACCACCGAUUUUGUGAAACUAGUUACAUAAGAACUGAGUUCUGUGAUGGAGUUAAAGGGUUCCUUGAGUUUGCAUUUACUCAGUUAGAGUAUUGUAGUGGUGAUAAGAUUAGAUGCCCUUGUAUAAAAAGUGACAACCAGAAAUUUCUUGACCGUGAUACGGUCAAUGUUCAUCUGUUGAGAAAAGGGUUUACACUGGGGUAUUCAACAUGGUUUGCACAUGGAGAGUUACUUGGUAAAGUUCCUCCUAUAAGUACAAGUGCAGCAGAAGCAUCCAGAUCAAUGGAUGUUGGUUAUGAACAUGGUGAGAAAUAUAGAACCAUGGCGAUGGAAGUUAUGGGUCCAGAAGAGGCACUUCAUUUGGGGAGUGCACCUGAAGUUAAUCAUAAAGAAGAGCCAAACAAGGAUGCUGCAGAUUGUUAUUCUUUGUUGAAAGAUGCAGAAGUACCUUUGUGGGAAGGGUAUAAAAAAUACUCUAAGUUAUCUGCUAUUAGUCAAUUAUUAACUUGCAAGGCUGAAUUUAAUAUCAGUAUAUCUUUCUAUGAUCGAAUCAUGAAAAUAGCGAAGAAUAUGUUGCUGGAAAGUGAGAAGCUGCCACCUGAUUUCUAUCAAUCAAAAAAGAUACUUCAGAAAUUGGGGUUGAAGUAUACAAGUAUUGAUGUUUGUGAGAAUAAUUGUAUGCUCUUCUAUAAGAAAACAGAGAAUUUGAUUGAGUGUACUAUUUGUGGUCAUCCUCGAUAUAAACUCAGAAGAAAUGAUGGUGGUGGUAGAAGAAAAAAUGUUUCUUAUAGAAGAUUGCGAUAUCUUCCAAUAACACCAAGACUUCAGAGGCUUUUUAUGUCAAGCAAGACGGCUGAAAACAUGUCAUGGCAUGUAAAGGGAGGUGAUUCAGAUGAGAUGGUGCAUCCUGCUUGUGGGGAGGCUUGGAAGCACUUUGACCACAUUCAUCUAUCCUUUUCUACCGAGCCUCGUAAUGUCAGACUUGGGUUAUGUACGGAUGGAUUUAACCCUUUUAGCCAAUCAGCUCGUCCUCAUUCUUGUUGGUUAGUUUUCGUAAUAGUUUACAAUCUUCCACCAUCAAUGUGUAUGAAACGACCCUACAUUUUCCUAACUUUAGUCAUUUUUGGACCUAAGAGCCCUGGCAAAAGUAUCGAUGUUUUGCUUAGGCCUUUGAUUGAUGAACUUAAAAUAUCGUGGGAAGUAGGGGUUACCACUUAUAACAUUUCUAGAAAAGAGAAUUUUCAAAUGAAGGCAGCUUUAUUGUGGACUAUCAACGAUUUCUCUGCAUAUGGCAUGCUUUCAUGA